UAAUCGUCCCCCGCCGUAAACUAAAACCCUUGGAGCAAUUUUUCCCUCCAAACCAGAAAACCCCCAAAUCUCAUCGGUGGAGAUCUGAAAAUGGCGUCUUCGUCUUCAACAUCUUCCGGCGGCGGCGGUUACGAGAUCCCGUGGGUGGAGAAAUACAGGCCGAGCAAAGUGGUGGACAUCGUCGGGAACGAAGAUGCAGUCUCAAGGCUCCAAGUCAUCGCUCGCGACGGCAACAUGCCCAAUCUUAUCCUCGCCGGUCCUCCUGGAACGGGUAAGACCACUAGCAUUUUGGCUCUUGCGCACGAGCUUCUCGGCCCUAAUUAUAGAGAGGCUGUUCUGGAAUUGAAUGCUUCUGAUGAUAGGGGUAUCGAUGUUGUUAGGAACAAGAUUAAGAUGUUUGCUCAGAAGAAAGUCACACUUCCUCCGGGCCGUCAUAAGGUUGUCAUUCUUGAUGAAGCUGACAGCAUGACAUCUGGAGCACAGCAAGCUUUGAGGAGAACGAUUGAGAUCUACUCAAACUCUACCCGGUUUGCACUUGCUUGUAACACCUCUGGCAAGAUUAUUGAGCCUAUCCAGAGUAGAUGCGCCCUUGUUCGAUUCUCUAGGUUAUCUGAUCAGGAGAUACUUGGCCGUCUCAUGGUCGUGGUUCAAGCUGAGAAUGUUCCUUAUGUACCUGAAGGCCUUGAGGCGAUAAUCUUCACAGCUGAUGGUGAUAUGAGGCAAGCUCUGAACAAUUUGCAAGCCACAUUCAGCGGGUUUCGCUUUGUCAAUCAAGAAAACGUCUUCAAGGUCUGUGACCAGCCUCACCCGCUUCAUGUCAAGAACAUGGUUCGCAACGUGCUGGAAAGUAAGUUCGACGAUGCUUGUCACGGCAUGAAGCAGCUAUACGAUCUAGGCUACUCUCCAACCGACAUUAUCACAACGCUUUUCCGUAUAAUAAAGAAUUAUGAUAUGGCUGAGUAUCUGAAACUUGAGUUCAUGAAGGAAACUGGUUUUGCGCAUAUGAGAAUAUGUGAUGGAGUUGGAUCAUACCUCCAGCUAUGUGGUCUUCUUGCUAAGUUAGCCGUUGUUCGUGAAACAGCGAAAGCUGCUUAGGCCAGAUAAGUUCCACUUAUCAGUAGUAAUGGAUCGGUGGCUGGUUUGUAUGUUUAAACCGAGUUGGUUAACUCUCUCCUUGUUUGACAGUUUGGUUUGGAUCUUGCAAUGCAGAGUUUAUCAAUAACAUUUCCUCCACUCCCUUGAGAUAUUGCAAUGCAAUUUGUCCCAAGAAAUAUAUCUGAUCCCAAGAAGUGGUAUCGCAAUUUUUUUUUUAAAUACAAUCUUGGAUGAACUAAUAAAAUAAUUAUGAUGUAUUAAAAUCUUAUGAAA